CACCGAUCGGUAAUAAUGGAAAUUGAAAAAGUUCGAUUACAAUUCGAAUGUUGCCAGUGCCGAAGCAACACUAAACAUUUUGAUGAGUCGGUAUCAGUUUUAAGGAGUGAGAAGGUAGAACUGACAUGCCCGAUCGACAUUGCGACAUGCGGCGAGCUGCACUCGCUCAAGUGGUUCAGGGGCCAGCACCGCAUCGCUGUCGUUUCCGGUGACGGCGAAGUGGCCAAGGUCGAGGGCGGCUACAAAGAUCGGCUGUAUCUGGCCCACGGGGCCCAGAGCAGUCGGCUCAUCUUUAAGAACGUGGAAAUCUCCGACGAAGAUACAUAUCUGUGUGAAACCACUUUUUUAGAACCCUCUGAGUUGUGUGAAAACUCCGGGGCAUAUAGUAUAGCACUCAAUGUUUACGCCGUUCCUUCUGUAAUAGCACUUCAGGAUGGUAGUAGGAAUAGUAUUAAGAACGGUUCUCACGUCGGACCAAUGCGGGAGGGUCAGGAUCUGCAAGUCGUUUGCGAAGUGUAUGGCGCCCGUCCAGUACCUGUGAUAAGUUGGCAUCGAUCGGGUAGUGUCGUACGAGAUUCACAGAUUGUAGAAGAUCACAAAGGACUGUAUACAGUAAAGUCAACACUAUCGCUAACCCUUUCACGUCAGGAACUAGGGGCCACAUACAACUGUCGCGUCGAGAUGAAAGAGCUGCAGCUGGUUCUGGAUAAUCAUUUUCAUAUCGAUUUACAAGUGAGACCUACAAAGAUCAAUUUAUCUGGUGUCAAACAUCACACGGUGCAAGGUACCAAAGUUUUGCUACAGUGUCAGGUGAGUGGCGCUCGGCCGGCUGCCAACAUGACAUGGUACAACUCGUCCAAGCUGAUAUCGGACGAAACGAGCGAGAUCACCAGCAUCAGCACGAAAACGUAUCUACAAAACGACGGCACGUUCGAGACCAUCAGUCAAAUGAUUUUCACUGCAACCCGGUUCGAGAACGGUGCAUCGAUGCGCUGCGAGGCAGACAACAUCGUGAUGCGUGAUGACGGUGAUCGGCCACUGCACGAUACCCUCACGUUGGAGGUCAUGUAUCCGCCGGUGGUAUCGGUUAAGCCGGACAACAUCACCGUCAACGAGACGCACGAUUUUCUCGUCUUCUGUGACUACGAGGCCAAUCCGGCCUCGCUCGAAAGUGUCAAAUGGUUUCACAACGAUCAAGAGAUUAAGCUGAACAGUGCCCGCCACGAAGGUGGCAACCCGGAACAGACGGCCCUGCUCAUUAAGAACUCAACCCGCGACGACGUUGGCAACUAUACCUGCGAGCUGUCCAACUCCAUCGGGUCUGCAAAGUCCGAUAACGAAAUUUAUGUGGAUGUGCUGUAUAAACCGAUUGUGGUUCUCAAAAUGGAUCCCGAGAUCCCGGUGAUUGAGAAUGACCAGGCCAACAUCACGCUGCUGUGCGACAUAGUAGGCGGUAAUCCAAUGAUUCUAACCAAGGUUCGCUGGUUUUUGGAUGGUGAAUUUUUGAAAGAGCUUCCCGAGUGCGAUGAUGACAGUCUGGGUGAUGAGAAUUUGUGCGAGGUUGACCCGACGAAGAUGUUACUGCAGAACGUGGGUCGUGAAUUUAUCGGAAAUUACUCAUGUGAGGGUUUUAACGUUGCCGGUUGGGGUGAUACCAGCGAAGAGCACCCACUGGAUAUUUUUUAUGAACCGGGAAACGCUACGAUGGUGCAUUUCCCACAGAUAGCAAUCAAACGGAAAAGUGUCACUUUUAACUGUUCCGUCGAAGACCGUGGAAAUCCGGUGGCUACAAGGUUCCGUUGGCUUCGAGGAGGCAAACCCGUUAUGGAUGUGGUGACGCCAACGUGGACUGUGGAUCCGGUGGGUUUGGAUUCGAGGACUACCUUCUCAUGUUUUGCGUACAACGAUGGCGGAGAGGGACAUGCUGCCGAAGUACGUCUGGAGGUCCACGCUCCACCGGCUUUCGUCCAAAAGUUGCAUCCCUAUACCGGGGCGCUGUACUCGACGUCGAACAUAUCACUCGCUUGUAAGGUAGAAUGUGUUCCAUCUUGUACGAUUUCCUGGUUCAAAGAUGGUGUAGGAAUUGAAGAUAAUGAUGAGAGAUACUAUAUAACAAAUAAAUACCUGGGAUCGACGCCGGCCACUGGAGAUUUCGAAACUGCUUACUCUGUGCUGCAUUUCAACAUGUCCUCCUGGCCGGGCGGUAUUCUGGACCGAAUCCGAGAUAGCUCGAAUUACUCUUGCGUAUCAACAAACAACUCGGCAGGACCGGGAGUUCGAAGUACCACAUAUUUUGGUGUAGAAUAUCCCCCCGAAAAUACGUCGCUAUCGAGUCCGGCAAUUUCCGUGGAGGAAGGAAAGUUGCCACCACGGAUUGUGUGUACUUCGCGUGCGUAUCCGGAACCGGCAUUCUACUGGACUCAUAACGGAGAAAUUGUAGUGAAAGGAAGCUCACUAAUCGUGAACAAUGUGAUGGAACGUUCCGACGCUGGCAUUUAUACCUGCACGGCUUUCAACAAGCACGGAAAUCAUUCCACGGAUGCCGUUAUUGAUAUACACUAUAAACCCACCUGUACAAUCGUCCGCAAGGAGGUGAACGACGAGGAUGUUCUGAUUUGCACUGCAACUGGAAGCCCGCGCGAGUCGGAAUUCGAGUGGAGUCUCAAGUACGAAAACGACACACUGCAGAACCACAAGACGCAAGGCGAUGCCUACGAGAGCACUCUGGUGCUGGACAACGACGUUUCGGCAAUGCGAACGUACGUCUGCGUCGCCAGUAACAGCGUCGGGUUGGGGACGCCCUGUGAGAUCGAGGUGGCAGGGUACGUUGCCUGGUGGUUGAAGGGGGACAUCCUGACACCGUACAUUCUGAUUGCUGCUGUUGCCGCCUUGCUAUUGGCAGUGAUACUAAUCUGCGUUAUCAUCAUCUGCAUUUGCCGCCGCAAGCGAAGACAGGACAAAUCAUCCAUCCACAUUGAGGAGAUCGAGGAUGGCGAGUUUUCCUACAUGAAGAAUCGGAGGUCUCUGAAAGAAUCGGAACCGGAUGCUUCGGAAAACAUCCAACAGUACGACAAGACUGUCCGCUGGCGAAUCCGUCGUUUCUUUGAGAAGCGAAACAGUAUCGAUCUGUUGAAACUGUCGACCCAGAAUGUUAUUACUUAUGUUAAAAAGCCUCAAGUUCCGACAACGCCCACCUCCAAAGAACCGGCUCAAACAGGCAGCGAUAGAAAUGAGAAUGUACCGUCAACUAGUGCAGAUAUAGUAGUUACUGGAGAGUCGUCUACUGCUGGAGGAUCCCAAAUAGAACCAGGCGAAUAUGAAAAUCUUCCUUUCCACGGCCUUCAAACCCCUCCUAAAAAGGUCAUGCAAGCCAAAAACAGUCUCACUCCGGCAGUAAAGUGUCCUAACAAAUCGCUAACUCCGUCAUGUUUCCCAACUCAUCCGUACAAUUACAUCAACUACCAGCAACGUGACGGCAAUACAACCAAACCACCAUCUGGCCUAUCAUCCUAUAACACCAGCCAAUCCACUGUGCUUACUAAUCAGAGCAAUAAGUCGUCACUAUCGAGUAACCAGGAUUCGUCGAACGCUACUAACAACAAUACUAGCAGCUUCCAUAGUAAAACAGCCGAUAGGAAAAAACCGAUUGGCAGUCAGCACCAGCAGCUCCUGGACAAUAGUGACACUCUGUCCACUCACAGUUUCUCUUCGGGAAGGUCUCUCAAACGACCUGGUGGUCAAGCCGGACAAACCUCGGCCAGUGGAGAAAGUAAGAAACUGAUCGAUCUGGAAACAGUUACUCCGCUGUACGAAAAUCUAACUGACUCGAUCCAAAUCCAUGAGUCCCCGAUGGGAAAUUCGAGUGGUCCCGGAAUCGGCGGUAAGUUUACAAUCGACGGUCAGGAACGGUACAAGAUUAGUCUCCGGAAGCCGCGAAAAUCCGGCAGCCGAUCGAACAGUGCUGUAUCCAAUAGCUACUACGACUGUAUUAAACCGAUUCCAGCACCACGCCACCGGAAGUAUGCAUCCACCAAUUCGCUGCUGUCGAAGAACAUUCAGAUGUACAGCAAUAAACUGGAUCCCAUCUAUAUGAAUCUGCCGGUGACCUCCGGGUACGAGACGGACCCCAGGGGAAACGAUGAAAUCAAUUCCGGCAGUGAGUGUCCCUCUUCGUAUGAUAACCACUACUUUGAGAUAACCCAGCACCAGACGCGUAUUCUGAUACCGAAGGAACUCUUCCCAGUAGAUAGAAACAAUCAAGCCAAGAUCAAUCAGUUACUGAAAAAGAAUCUCGUUUCCUCGAAUCGACGUCACAUUAAACUGCCUUUACAAAAACAUCAUAGCUUUAAUUUCCAAUCCUCCCAAACGGUGGAAGCGACCGUGAGGGAUCUCAAGAUCAAAUCACAUUCGAUUAGCUCCAAGACACUGCGAGACUAUCGCAACAGCAGUGCCAACAACGGCCAAAACAGUAACAUAACCAGUAUCAGUAAUACUAGCAGCAAUUUUAUCAAUAGCAAUAGCAACAGUAAAUUCCCAAAUAGUUCUACUAAUCCGUUCAUUAGUGGCAGCACACUAAACAACAACAACAACAGCAGCAGCAAUGCCCGACGUUCGACCGCUUCAGCUCGGCAACAUACGACCCUAGCCACGGCCACUUUGGCCACGGUUCGUCAGCAUCCUAGCCAGUCGCAGAGUGAAGAGGACAGUAGUGGUAGUGAUCAGGAGUCGAAACCCCGUAGCCCGGUCCAGAAUCAGCACCACCAGCACCAUCAUCAUCAUCAUCAUCAGCAUCACCAUCAGCAUCAGCAGCCGAAACACACACAGAAGCACCACACACUAGGAUCCUCUGCAUCCACGAAAUCCGCCACAGCGACUCAAGUCUACAAGUAUGAAACUAACUCGAUAGCCUUUAAACCUAUCACUCCUGUGCCAACCAGUACUCCAGCAAUAACUAACUCUAAAUCGUCAGUUAAUGAUAUGUGUAAAGAAAAAUUUGCUAUUAAAUAAUUCAAGUGAAGCAAGCAAAACAAAAAAAGAAGGAUCGGAAUAACAACAAACAAACAAAAGGAAACAGUAUACAUAAGGAAAACAAGACAACUAACUGAUUAGAGAACUAAAAAAAACAGGUUACAUCGUGCUUGUGUUUUAA